GUGUUUAUAUAUCACAUUCGUUACCUUUUUCAUAAUCAUAUUAACUUUCAAACAAUCCAUCCAUCUUUUCAACAAUCAGCCGUUACGUAUGACCUUGUCACGCAUUUCAAACGAAAAUGCGACAUGUGACCGCGACUGUACAAAACAUUGAUUUGAUGUGACGGGUCCAUCCUGCCAUUGAUUCUAUAAAAGAUCAGUUUGUAAUCAUCAGUACAUUAGUCUGCCAAAAUGACGAAAAAAAUCAUCUCUUUGACUCUUGCUGUGAUGUUAAUAGCUUACGUCGUAGCAAAUCAGGAAAAGUCAGGGGGCUAUGAAAAAAGCGGUUAUGAAAUAGGAGACGGAGAUUAUGAGGACAAAAGCAACGAGAAAGACGCCAGUGUCAGUGGGGAAACGCGUAGCUGCGAUGAAAGCGUAAAUAUCAGAAAAUAUCCUCAAACCUACGAAAACGAGAACAAUUAUAGAACAAGAAAUCAUAAGUUUGGAUAUUCAGCCAGCACGUCCGCCGCCGCGUCCGCUGACGCCUCCGCUAAAGCUUAUGAACAUGGCCACAAGGACAGCGCUUACAUAUAAAUACGUAAUAUUAUCCUAUCGACAAAUGUUAAUUGUAUUUU